AUGGCCGUGAAUUGUUUGCAACAAAUUGUUGUCUCAUUUAAUAGACAUUCGGUUCGAGCAGUGAUUCCAGCGAUUGGUCUCUCGUUUGCAUUGAAUGAGUUGUCAGACAAGCAGUGGUCAGACAAGCAGUGGUCAGACAAGCAGUGGUCGAGACAAUGGUUGGGCACAAACAGAGCUCACAUGAUGUCAAGUCAUGCAUCGGAUUCUGCAGGAGUACUACAACCACAACAAUCUGUGACACCAUUCAGUGAUGAUUGGUUUAAACCGUUUGUAACCCUUUAUCCGGUGCUCGAGAGGAGUGAACAGAAACCAAACGAAGUGCCGCCUUAUGUGUUGGGCUCGGGUUUCAUAGUUGACAGUAAGGGACUUGUGUUGGCCCACAAACAGGUUUGCCAACAGUUUACCAAAUUUAUUGUACGUUUGGGCUCCGGCGAGGAAGUGGUCGGCAGGCUUUGGACCAGCAAUAGGGACACAAAGCUGGAGGUUAUACGACUGGCGGGCAAUCGCAACAACUGGCCAGUUGUCCAACUAGUAGACCCGCAAAAGUCCGGUGCCGCACAUUAUCACAAGAUUUUUGUGGUGAGCUCUCACCGUCACGGCCUCUGCAACCAGUUGUCCGACGGAAUCGUCACAAACCCGCGUCGGAAGGGCACAGAUAUCAGCGAUUUCAGGCAAAGUCCGCCUUUUGUACGAAGUCGAGAGUAUAUCCAGCACUCGGCAGCGCUGUAUGACAUCGACAGCGGCACCGCUUUGGUCAACACUGACGGUCACGUGAUUGGCGUCAAUGUCUCCUUAACCCUCUAUCGACACGCUAUCGCUCUACCCAUACAUCAUAUAUUAGGACUUAUAAAUCGAGUUGUGGUCCGCGAUAAGAGUCCCCUUCUGUCCGGUAUUUUCUAUUGGCUGAGCGAUGACGUGAAGGACCGGUUGGUCACUAAACAACGGGUACAAAGGGAUCAGUUGCCGGCCAAAGGGAUUGUGUUAUGGGAUGUACUCAAUAGCGAGAAGCUUAUGUGGCAUGAGUUGGGAGUAAAGCCAUACGAUGUGAUCACUCGUAUCAAUGGAGUCGAUGUCAACGAUAUGGACGACUUGUAUCGGGCGGCGGAGGACUUAAAAUGUGGUAAAAUUGUCAUUUUUGAAUUCAAUGGCGGGAAAAAAGUGGUAAGUGUCCCAUUAGUGGCGUCAAUACCGGCUAUAAUAGCGGGUAAUGAUUGGUAUGAAUACAUCCGUCACAACAAUACCACCAAAAGUCACACAAACUCUUCAUUCAAACCAUCGCUAACUCUAAGAAGCGUUCGUUUGUCCUACACUUCAGCCGCCGAUGAUAUAAAGCAAGUGAUUGACCGCUCGAUGCCAUCAGUGGUGUGCGUACAAACCAAAACAGGCCGGGGAACCGGUAGUAUUGUGGACAAUCAGUUGGGACUCAUUGUGACCAACUGUCACGUGGUUACGGACGAGCAGUUUGUGGACAUCAAUUUGUGGGAACCAAUAAAACGGUCGCAACUUUUCGACGGCGACCGCAGCGAUGAGACGGUAAAAAUAAUACGCGGACACGUGUUGUACUGUCAGCCCGAUGUGGAUGUGGCGGUCAUAAGCGUGUACUCAACUCCCGGCGCUUUGUCGGCGCUAAAGCUGUCCGAACGGACGGACUUGAAGGCCGGCGAACCGUUGAUAGCGAUCGGAAAUCCCGCCCUUUUAUCGAGUGUUUCAGUGGGUAUAUUGAAUGGUACGGCCGGACCGUCCAUAGAACAGGUCAAACCCGAGCGGCUUAUCAAACACAACGCCGUCACUAUUCCCGGCUAUUCCGGCGGUCCUCUACUCGAUGGCAACGGCGCUGUCGUUGGCGUUAAUUUCGGCGGCAGUUUCGAUGAAUGUCGGGCAGUGCUGUCCACCGAUGCCAUAAAAGUGGUGGAAAAAGCCAAACAUUUCGGGCCUAACAGUUGGAGACAGCGCUUCUCAAUGGCCAACAAGAAGUCGUUGGGAGUAAUGCUGGAGAAAAGUGCGGACGGGUUUGUGGUCAUCAGUUUGGGUAUUAAUUACGCAUACGUCAGAGUGGACGACAUCCCUCUCAAAACAUUUAACCAAUUGGAGAAAGCGAUGCAAAGUCUGCCAAAUGGCCAGGAGUUAAGUCUUACGGUUCAGAGAAAGGGAGUGGACCGUAAUAUAGAGAAACAAAUGAAUUACCGAAGUGUAAUCGCGGUAACGAUUGCCACCAAUUACUGGAUUCAAUACCACCGAAGAGAUGGACAAUCACUACCAUUGGUGGCAAACAACGGAUCCAAUGGUCACUCUCUGGUAAAAAGGGCUCAAAUGAUAGGUAAAGCCGAACCCAUUAGCGACGAGAGGUUCGCGCCGUUUGUGACAAUCAAACGAUCGUACAGUCAGUCGGAGUGCAAACCCGGGGAUGAAGUGACGGGCCAUCCAAUUGCUUCGGGAUUCAUAUGCCAUCGCAAGGGGUUUGUGUUGACGCGAUUACACUCCUAUUUUCCGCCCAACAGUCGAUUCAACGUCCGUCUGGGAAACGGCCAACAGUUUGACGCACACCUCGUGAAGACAGUGCCUGAGCUCGACCUCAAAGUUCUACUACUGGAGGACAGGGACGACACCGUAGACGAGUGGCCAGCCGUCGAGUUGUGUCGCACUAACGAUCUUGAAAUGGGCGAAACGGUGUGGUCUGUGGGCGGCUCUCGGGAUAGCAAUCAGCUAACGACCGGAACUGUCAUCAAGUCGUCCAUUACUGGCUUCGAUAUCGCAUUCAUCGACGAAAAGAAGAAUAGGUUUCCCGACAUUAUUAGCCAUCGUUUCAUACAUCACACGGCGGUCACCAAUUUGGUCGCCAAUACAGCGCUGGUCAACACCCGAUUCCAAGUGGUGGGCAUCACAAUCGAUAGCGUUAGACAGACCGACAACAUAGCCCUAGCUAUGAGUGACCACUUGAUUGACACAAUCUUAGCAUCAAUAGAUACUUAUCACUGGGAACGGGAGGGCUCGCCUCUGGGACUCGUGGCCUAUUUGGUGGACAAUGAGUUGCGGCGAAUACUAAGUGAUGUAAUCGUUGUGAACGCCGAGGGGAACGGUAUAUUCGUUUGGGACUUCACGCCCGAGUUUCAUAGUAUAGUCUACGGUCUGAAGAGGUUUGAUGUGAUUACACAUAUCAAUGGUGUGGCCGUCCGGGAGAUGGAGGACAUGGAUCGGGCCGUACAGAUGAUUAGGUGCCGCCAAUCAGUGGAAAUAUUGUUGGCUUCCGGUAUACGACUUGUUAUAACUCUGACCGAAGAUAAUUUGGACGAACUUGCCCCAAUACUGGCGCCCAUAGCUGUCAUCUCUGGCCACUGUUGGCGGCGACAAAACUGUGGCCAAAAUGAGUCAAACGAGUGGACAAACACCCGAUUGUGGCCGGAGUUCGCACUAAGAAACGCGCGUUUGAACGGUACGGAAGUGCGCGACCACUUCCAGCAAUGGCAUCGAUCGGUAGUGUCUUUAACGGAUGCACAACACAAAACCAAGACUUACAGCAGUGGGUUUGUAGUGGAGAGGGGCCGGUAUGUCGUGACCACAUCACUGGCUGUUUGCGGCUACAACAAAGCGACGGUCCGUCUCUCUACUGGCGUUCUCACACACCUUUUGAAGCGUGACUUAGCGGUGAACCCAAACAAUUACACCACAGUCAUCGAGGGUAAAGUGGUUUACAGGGAUCCCAUGGUCGGUCUGGCGCUCAUCAAAUUCAUCGAUAUCAACGCUGAUGUUGUGCCGCCGUUGCCAGUGCUCGGCGCCGAUUUGCACACUGUGUACGGCCAACGGGUUGUGGUGUUGGGAAUGCCCGACCAAAAGCGUGGUUACGUCACCGGCGCCAUCAGCUGCCCGGACGGAUCAUCCGAGGUACACGCGCUCAGUCCGGACCGUCAGUAUAUGGACCAUAAUAUCCAAUCGGCGCCCGACUAUAACGGCGGUCCAGUGCUCGACAUGAAUGGACAAGUGGUGGGAGUUAUGCUGUGUUCUGGAAUAGACACACAUUUCAUUGCAAAGACAGCGGACUUACGAGACUUUAUCCAAAAGGGUUUGGCGUACGAAACGCAAGACCGGCGAAACCGGUACUCAUUUGAGGGCAAGAAUCGGUUGGGAGUAGUGUUGAGGUGCGACGACACUGGUUACCAUGUUUUGAAGUUUACGGACAAUAAUAAUGAGACUGAACUACGAGUUGAUGACCAAAUAACACACAUCGAUGUCAGCCCUCUUCAGACAAUAUCCCAACUGACCGCUGCUCUCAAUGGUCUGGCAUCGGGUGCUGGCCUUCCCCUUACUGUGUUACGGGUGGGACAGUCCGACCCCAUUCAGGUGGUGGUGCGGCCCCGGCCUCUCAAUUACUCUAUCUUUUAA